UGAGAAGAAAAGAAGCUUGGUCAACACGCAGACGCCAUUACAAUGUCCAGCUCUGAUUGCCUCCCCGACCACCCGCUCAGCUCAGACUUAGUGAGGAGGCUGAAGUCCGCGCUGGACGCCAGGGAUGAGGAGACGGUACGCACCGUGAUCUGCACCCAGGUCCGGCACGUGGACGCCGUGAUAGAACUGGCCAACGACGACUGGAUGAAAGACCCCUCAGCCCAGCUGCCCCCCGGGGUGCUCCUAGGUCUCUGGACCCUGGAGUACACGCGUGAGCUCACCACGCCCCUGUGCAUCGCCGCAGCCCGAGGCCAUGCGGCCUGCGUGAGCCACCUGCGCACGGUGCAGGCGCUGCUCAACCACGGCUCCCCCACCCUGUGGCCCGACGCCUUCCCCAAGGUGCUGCAGACCUGUGCGCCAGCCCCUGCGGUCAUCGAGGUACUGUUCAACGCCUACCCUCAGCUCCGCGUGUCCGAGUCCUGGAGGGAGGUGAUUCCGGAGGAGGUGUUUCAGGCACACCGGCCUUUCUACCAGUCUCUCUUCGCCUUGGCCGGCAGCCCGCGCUGCCUGCUGCACCUCUGCCGCUGUGCCAUUCGCAGACGGUUUGGCAAACAGUGCUCCCGCCUCGUGCCUCUGUUACCCUUGCCGGCGACCCUGCAAAGCUACCUCCUUUUGGAGCCAGAGGGUGUUUUGCACUGAAAACCAGAGCAUUUGGACUUGUUCUUGGUCUCCUCUCUGCUUCCGUGGUGGCUGGGUGGUGAGAGCGCCCUGGGUGGGGACCUACGGGCCUGGUGGGACCUCCCACUGGCCAGUGCAGACCUGCCUGAGCUUCAGGCCCACCUGGGAAUGCAGUAAGUGCCCUCACUGCCUCUCAGGUUGCUUGUGAGGAUGAACAUCGCGCAUCGCAUAGGACUUGUAUCAGAAAGUGCCUAAGGUGUACCUGUUGCUGCGAGGUUUGUCUCCUGCCUGGAAGGGGUCAAGCAGCAUGCACGCUGCCCCCAAGGCUUCGGACCCACUGCCUCCUGGACAAUGCCCCCUCCUCCUGAAGCCCGGCCACCUGGAAAGACUGUCCCCAAAACAUGACAGAUGUGCAUACUGAGGGAGGACAUCGGGUCCAUGAUAAAAGCCCCUUCCCCGGAGCCCACUGGUGCUUCCCAGCACAGGGUGGCCCAGGGCUCCCCAGAAGGACGCUGGAGGGGCUGUGAGCCAGACAUGUUUACCCCAUGCGAGUCUUCUGUCUGACAUUCUCACCAAACCCAACCGAUCCAGCUGUAGGGCGUGGUCCAGGAAGCCACAGGCCGAUAGAGGUUGUGGUCAGCUCAGCCCAAGCAUCUGUAACAGGAGAGAUGUUCUGACGGUCUAGGACUGUAGUCACUUGAUUUUCUGAAUUCUGAUGCUUUGACAUCUGGGGCUCUGAUGACUCUGGAGAGACUCUGCCCUCACCCGCCCCCUCCCCCCCACCAGGGUUAUCAUUCCUAGGAUAGUAAACAACUUGCCAGCCCAGCAUGCUUUUCAAAUGCAAACCAACCCAGAGCACACACCCCAGCCCCUCCUUCACUGGGUGCUCAUGCCCCAGGACACCAGCCACCCGAGGACCAGGUACCAGACAACCCUUCUGCCCCAGAGCCCGCUGAAGUUAUUCUGAGUAGCUAACCCUAAGCCUAAGCCUAAGCCUAACCCCUCUAUCCUGCCUCACCUGUUCCUUCUGUGGAAACCACAAUAAAGGCUCUUGCCCACACCCCCACUUCUGACCAACCCUGGUGCUUCCCCGUGUGGCCCCCAUGGCGAGGCCUGUUCCAUCUCUGGGGAAUGAGUAAUAAACUAUCUUUUCAAUGGCAAUCAUCUCCUGAUUGGUUGGCCUCACUUGA